CAGUACCUGAAGACGUCUGAAAGAAUCGUUUGAGGCGGGCCUUUGGAAUGUGAUUCGAAAGCCGUUCCUCCCGGGCCUCAAGGAAUAGUUGAGAUGCGCCUAAAAUCAAAGGACAACUCGAAGACCUCCCGGAUAUGACAACACUCUCCGUGUCCUGCUUCCUCCACAACUCUACUGGACUUCACCCCACCCACUCGGACAGCGUCAGCCACAGGGUCUGAUUGCUGCACUCUCCAGUCAUGGAGCAACCGGCAUCUCCCCUCAUGAACUCGACUUCGAUCUUCCCAAACUCUAUGGACCUCCUCAUGGUGGUACCACGCCUUCUGCAGCGAGCAGGGUCGUUCGCCGAACACAUGGACACUAUGUUUGGAAAGCUUCGCAGUGGAGGUAGUGUUAUAGCAGGGCCGACUACUUCGCAGAUCGCCAAUGCUACAAUUACUCGCAUCGGGACGUUUGCACAGGAGUCAAUAUCUUCGGCAGCGACGUCAGCGCUCCGCGAUCAAGAUGACACGGCGGGAAUGUCAUUCUUCCAAACCAUGAAGAGCGUCGGCGGAUUCUUCAAUUACAUGACAUCGAAAUGGGCCAUUGCAACCUUCGUUACUGCUAUACUGCUGAACCGAACACAAUUCUACGCCUCUAGUAGAGUCCCUAUUACACUGAACAAGUGGUACCUACGCCUCACGCUCUACCUCCUCCCCACGGUCAUCCUCCUAUACCGCAUCCAGUGGAUACUGCAAGCUAUACAGUGCCAAACCUCACCAAGCUGGUCGGAGAUGCAAUACGGUAGCUCUGGAAAGGGCAUGGACACAGAGUUCGCUGGAGAGGGCGGCUUCUUAUGGAAAAUGAGCUCCUCCCUUCUCCUAGGACAAGGCGACGAGGUUUCUUGCCGUGCGGCUAAUAUGUUGCCUCCUGAUGCGAGCACGCCCCGGCCCUCUGGCUCGCUGUCUUUGCUCUGGCCCCUAUUCAUUUCCUUGGGCUUUAGCCAAUUCAUUGAAACAUUGGCGUGUGCCCUCCAGGGCCGCCAGCCCUCGCCAGAGACGGGCAUGACGAUAUUUGAACACUCUCUAGCUUUUGCAGAAGCUGAAGCCAUUAUAACCAACCCACUAGGCCCUGACAUGUUUCGACCUUUGCCCGCGAAAACGAUUACCACCUUCGAUGGCACUUCUUUGGUUUUGAGCGGUGCUGCAGCUGUUCAGUUUGCCAACGUGCCUCCGGAGGUGCUGGUCAUAUCACUCAUCUCAAGUCUCAGCCACUUCAGCAGUAAUGUUUUGGCAAUCACGGGGCUACGAGCGAGGGUCCGACUGGUGUCAACUGGGAUAUGGGGUCUCUGCUAUCUGUCAGCCUUCGUCUGGGCUUUUAUUCGGGCUACCGAUCUUGUUGGCGAUCCAGGCACUCAAGUUGGUAUACUCAGGUUUCCUACUAUUUGCAUCGUUGGUUUUAUCCCUCACUUGCUCAUCAUGAUUGGGAUCUUGGCUUGUGGGUUUGUCUACGCUCUUGCCUUCAUCCUGACUGCUAUGGCUGUGCCUUCAGGUCACGAAGACGCUUCCUCCCUGACCGGCAGAUUGAGAUUCGCCUACCAGAAUCUGCAAGCAAACAUACACUUGUCUACAAUCACACCUAUCAGAGUCAACUGGCAAGAAGACUUCUACACCUUCAUUUUGAAAUUCGGCUUCAUAGUUCUCACCGCUGCCAGCGAAGCGGUGUAUCUUAACGAAGGCACGAGGAUCAACAUAAGUCCGUCUACAUGGCUAGAGGAGAAAAGAUUCCAGGAAGCCUUUGAUCGAAGAGCGCUGCUUCGACGUAAUCGCGAUGCCCUCCCACAAGAGCUGCGUAGUGAUAUGAUCGCGGACGGGGUCUCUUUGGUUGAUCAAUCGGAAGUAGGACGACAUAACAUGCCCCAAGGGUCUGGGUAUGCUCACGAAAGGAAAACCCGUGGUGCCAAUCCCACAUCCGAAGCUUCAAGAGCUGUGGGGAGAGAUGAAGGCGUGGGUAUACAGCAACGGCGCGGAAGAUGGUUCCUGACAUUCCAGUUCAUAAAGGGAAUCUUCUGGCUACUCAUGACACUGUAUGCGAAAGUCGCAAUGACUAUCCUACGAAAACUUGGAAUUGCCUACAGUCCAGUUUGGGUGAGGAAACUUGCAGGUACGCCAAGCAAAGCAAAGGGCAAGAAACAGAAGCUGGACACGAAGGAUGCACAGAACCACAGCGUUCGGGAAUUCUGGAUGGUUAAUGCCGAGGGGCACUUGAUACAGCCCUCCGAUACGAACGUGGAUGUGGAAGCUGAGACAAGGAGAAGACUCGAAGAUGCCGGCAUGUACCAGGAAGGGAGUGUCAUACGAGGCGAUGGAGUCAGUGGCGACGACGUCCUGGACUCUAGACUCUACAACUGGUGGAAAACUGGUGGCUGGUGGGGCGAUAUUGACACCAGCGGUCAGUACGAAGAUUCGCACCAAGACGAUGACAAUACGAGCGUAGUAUCUAUGGCUACGACAUCCACUCAAGACGAUGAUGCAUUGAGCGUUAUGUCAACGGAAGAUCUCGAUGACGGCCAAAGAACACCAACCCAAGAAUCUUUUUUUCCCCGGACUCGCGAAGGAACGCCCGUCGAUGAUCCACUAAUCGACAUGACUCGCCUCUCUCGUCUUCUUGAUCCCCACAAUGCAGAGGAAGAAGAAGAGGCUAGACUGCUGGCCCGUCAUCUGAGCAGCGAAGGAGUCAUGACUCGCUCGAGAUUCCAAAGAUCCGUCGAAAGGGAGCAGACUCGCCUUCUCACGUCCUCGAGAUACAGGCCUGCUGGUCUCCAAGUUAGUGCUCAUCCAACUCCAGAGGAAGAGGAAAAGAUGCUGGAGCACUUCAUCCUGGAGAAGCGCAAUAGUAAGCCUUUUGCUUCGGCGAGCAGUAAUGUGGCAUCCUGGAACGAUGGUGCUGAAGGGAUGGGCUCUGAGGGUCCACAGUGUGUGGUCUGCCAGCUCAGUCCUCGUACGAUCCUGACCAACUGGCUCAGUCCCCUGCUACACCUCACCAGCUUCUCCCCUAAUUAUAUGCAAUCUGGGCCCUUCCACGAUUCUCAAAACAUUCUCACCCAAGAACCCACCCAAGUCGAUCAGAACUCCCCCCAGCAUGGACGCCUCCCUGAUUAUGACCCGGCCUCAUCGCUCCCUCCUGCCGGAGAGCGGAGAGCGCCAGACCAGCCUCCGGGCGUGGUCGCCCGCGACGAUGCGGCUCCGUCGCACAGUCGCGUCGCGGCCGAUCUUCAUGAAUCCGCGCGAUUGAGCCAGACGUCGCCGUCUCCCGGGAGCCGCAUCGAAGAGUAUGAGAAAUCAGUAGCACAGCUGAUCAGAAAGAAGUCCGACGGGCCUGUAUUUGAGGUUAUCAAGAAGGCUAGGACGCCUGAUGACAAGCGUUCUCCUAUUACGACCCUUCCCAAUGAAAUCCUUACCCAUGCGUUGUCACACUUAUCGCCGAACGACUUGUCUGCCGUCUCUCUCGUCUCGCGUCGCUUCAAUGCCUUGGUUACCACACCACAUGCCUGGAGAGUUGCUUUUGCUCGUUACUUCCUCGGUCCAGAGUCUCUGAAAGAACAGUCUGUACAAUUGCUUUUGGAGGAUACUGGCGAAGUUUUACGCUCGGAGAAGCGUUCCUUCACGAGGCUUACUGCAUUGGCUUCAUGGCGGAGCGAAUACAUCCUGAGGACUCGACUUCUACGGUCUUUGACAAGAGGGAGACCGGUGCAAACUCCUACUUCGUUGGCUGCUGCACGAGCUGGACAAUCCCAGGCUGCAAAUCCGAUUGUCAUGUACAAUGCACAGACUUUCACGACCGUCAAUCACAUCCAUGCUACCUUUGGAUCUGGUCUAAACAAACGCCUUCCAAGAUUCAUCCACGGUUCAGACGAUGUGGGCGCCGCUUCGAGCAGUGACCCAUCUGCGUGCAAAGUGGACAGUUGGGGCUUGUCGGAUCCUGAAUUCUUUGCUCAAUUCGCCGAACGUUUCCCUGGAGAUGCGCAAUGGGGUCUUGGCGCAGGCGACACUAUCGGAUGCCCAAAUGUUAUGGACGUCAGCCAGCCGCAUGGUAUGGUCUAUGGUAUAGGGUUUGACGGAGGUUUUGUUUACUAUCGGCCUAUUGAAGAGCAACGUGGUCGCUUUAUAGCUCCAGCGUCUGAACUGAGCUUGCCAGAUUUGGGUAUUCCCAGGAUGCCUUCUGUCAGUGGUGCUAUUACUGCUGUCUGGAUCGCCAAAACAUCAACAAUCCCAUCCCUUUCUGAGGGCCUUGUCGGUAUCAUGACGGGGUCCGCGAAUGGUGUCGUUACAGCUUGCAGUCUUGGUUCAGAUGGACUGCGCAGUCACCGAAUGCAGCGGGGUGAGCUUACUGCUCGCUGGUGUCUCAGUCCAGGUGUGCCAAUCAUUGCCAUUGCAGUCGACGAGUCGUAUUCCUUCAAGAGACAGGCGCAGAAUCGUAUCUGGGCGGUUGCUUUGAACGCCUUGGGAGAACUCUUUUACCUCACAAAAUUUCCAACGCGUGGAGCACUGCCUAAAGAUAAAGUUGCAUCCGACGACGCUACGGAAUGCCUUGCGUGGGUGACAGGCCGGAGCGUCUACUGGAGUCUCGUAGAGCCUAGUAGACGUGCGGCAAGAUUCAAUCCUUACAACGACUCCGAUAUCGACGGAAGUUAUUCACCCCGUUCUUCGUGGGAUGGAAUGUGCUUGAGCGUAGAGCAGAUCCGAUCGGAGACCAAGGAAAUCCAGCAAUUCCUUCGAAAACAGCCCAAGGACUUUCGCAGAUCUUGCAACGGCUGGGACAUGAGACGACGAUUGGAGGUCGAUUUUGCAGGCGACGACGGCAACUACGCCGGUGAAGCCAUGGCAGUAUUUGAGUGCGGUAUAGAGGAGGAUGACAUUGCCUGUGUCAAGAGAUUCACCCGCUGCAAGUUCCAAGAGAAAGACAACACUGGUGUCACUUCAAGGUCCUCGGAACUUCAAGAACCAGUCUCGCUUUUCGGACGCGCAUCGACCCCCGAAAUGGCUUUCAAACAACCACUCGGCCAGCGCCUUCGGAGCUCAUCUUAUGUCUCUACGAGUUCAUCGCCGGAGAGGGGAACACUGGUUGAAGAAUGGAGAUGCUCCGCUCUCUCCUUUGGCGGAUUCAGGAACAUUGAGCUUACGACCACGACGUUGGACUCAUCAACCUUCGCGACGCUCACGUUGUCAGAAGAUCCUGUGCUUGGAUUCUCAACCGCAUCGAACGCAUCGUCUCCCUAUGCCUCGCCGCAGAGUACCAUGAGCCAACCGACAUCACCAUCUGAUAUUCCAGGGCAGCGUGCGCGCUUCGUCGCGGCAGGCACUAAGACCGGAUGCAUCUUGAUCUGGGACAUUCGUGCGCCAGUAGCUCGCAGCUCUGAGAUUAUCAAUAUGAUCGAACCUGUUCGCAUCAUCUACACAGAGUCUCCCGAAAUCGCUUCUCUGGCCUUGACCGCGCUGUACCUUGUUCAUGGUGGAAACGAUGGUCUCGUACAAGCCUGGGAUCCUCUUGCUUCAACCACGCAGCCAAUCCGGACCCUGAACUCUCGAUUUUCUUCGCGGGCUCGUCGUCGCCUGGUGCAAGCCCAAACGUCUGUCCAGGGAGUUGGCAUCAAUAUGUUCGCAGCUGGCGCCAUCGUCCUUGAUCCGGAUCCAACUGUUCUGCGUGGCAUGGUAUCUCUUGGCACGCAGCUCCGAUACUGGAGCUUCAGUUCAACAGCUGCAGAUCAGUACAGAUCGCAGAAACGCCGUCUCCGUCGCUCAGCACGGGGCAGCAACAACGGUGGCGAGCGCUUUGCUGGGACAGGUAGAGCCGGAAUCAAAGAUUUCAUUGCCAAUGAAGCGUAUGAGCUUGAGCGUGAGAAAGAGUCGAGCCAUCGGAAGGCCAACCAGCUGGCCAAGCGUUUUGGUGUGGAUCUGCUGGGCAGUGAAGAGGAGGCAUUGGCGUAUGCAGCAUUGCUUAGCCAGGAAAGCUUAGAGGAGGACAAGAGAAGAAGAAGUGAAGGCGGUGGAAAGAGCGCGAUUCGGAGCAAUACUAUCACGCCGGAAGCUAGCGUCAGUGGCACCGUCGCAGAUAACUCCAGAAGGAGUGAUGUCGAAGCAGCAAUCGAUGACGACCUUGCGGAAGCUAUCAGGCGAAGCUUGGAAGAGGCAGAUGGUGGUUUGAUUUCGCCCUCGGCGUACUUUCAGGACCACCCAAUUCCUGGGGGCAAUGCUGGAUUUGACAUCCCUAUUCGAUAUGCGAAAGCUAGGCGGUCGCCCACUUCUCGCUCUAGGUCAUCGCCGGUGCUGGAGACCUCUGGAGGCGCCAGUACGAACAAGGAAAUGGAUGACUUGGAGUACGCCUUGCAGCUGAGUCUUGCGGAGGAGGAGAGCAAGAGGAUCGGGGGUGCUGUGGCUGAAGAGGAUGAGUUUCCGGCCUUGAGUCCGAGUCCUAAGGGCAAGGGCAAGGGGAAAUGGAGAGCUUGAGCUUCUGUUGCGUCUUUUUCUUCUGCUUGCGCGUUAUACCUUUGGCAUUUCUGCCGGAUUGACUGGGCGGUCUCAUGAUCUGCUCAUUCCGUCUGGACUUUUUGAGAGCGGUUGUGGUGGGGGAUGUAAUAGUUAUAGGGCUUUCUCUUCUGCUUUUUUCGGUUGCUUUUACUUCAUAGCUGUGCAUUGCCUGCGGUCGCUGUACAACAAUAUCGUAGUUACCAAGUCUUUUGUUUGGUUUCGAAUUCACAACGUGCGUGUGUUUGCCACUGCUUGGGGUGCUUCAAUGCAUUUUUAGUUAUAGGAACGCGAU